AUGGCCACCAGUAUUGGAUGUCUCUUCAUCGGAACAAUAAAUAGCCGGUCUAUUUCAACAGCAGCACGCCAAAUCAAACUCGAUCAUGGAGAAGGUCAAAUACGAUAUAUUCACAGGAAUGAAGCCACGGUACCACGCAACGGAAGCGAGGAAUUACCGUCAGGUACGAUUCUAUUCCACUCCGGUGCCGAAACUGCCCACCGUGGUAUAUCUUUCGUUGUAAGACAGCCGCUGGCCUGUGAAGAGAGGUUUACGCCCAUAAGCGACAGGCUGAGAACCCUUUAUCAUCCGUCGCUCAAAGAAGUAGAGCACGCCUGUAGGCGAAUUCCAAAAGGAUGUGCUCCUAUUCUUUUGGCAGACAUGAAUGCAAAAGUGGGAAGGUACACCCCUGACGCACCGAAUGAUCGCGGACGCAUACUCACAGCAAUGUUAACCAAAUUAGGAUUACGUGCGUGGAACGUGCGUGGAAAGCCGCAAAUGGAUGCUGGUCCACCCGAACAGACCCCCCAAGAAUCAGCCUCAGAACACAGGCUCUCCUCUCCGAGCGAAUCACUCUCCAAAAUAACCUAUCUUCAUUUGGUCGCGUCGCAUACCCCACCAUUUGCAAAGCAGCUGGAGGAUAUUCGUCCGCUGAAAACCAUAAUUGUACAAAAAGAGAUUGACAUAGGCAGAAGUAUGAUUGAAGUGCAGAGAAAAGAAGUCCUUAGAAAAAGAAGAUUGCUGAUAAAUCUCUCGAAAACGGGAGAGUUCCCACAGCGGGCAACCGAAAUCGAGCACUUCCGACCCCUUCCACUAUACCGUGAUACUCAAAGCAGUUACGAGAGCCAUCUUGAAUCGCGUAGACAAAAACUAGAAGAGUCAGAGAGCCCAAGUCAAGUCGGAUUCCGAAGAAAGUACUUCUUCCUGAAUAAGGUUCAUGUUCUCAAACAAAUUGCCGAAAAGAGUGCUGAAUACAAUUUCCCUGUCCACGUUGCCCUCGUCGACUACAAAAAAGCUUUGGAAAGUUUGGCGUGGUCCACAAUGUGGACAGCGCUUGCAAAAAGAGAUGUCCAUCCAAAACUAAUAGAUAUGCUACGAAGACUUUACGAAUCUUCUUCCACGCCCGUUCUUGUUAACACUCGACCAGUCACAGUCACCAUGCAAAGAGGCAUCAAACAAGGAGACACAUGUAGCCCGAAACUCUUCAACGCCCCCUUACAAAUGGUACUCGACUCCAAUGACUGGGAAGAAUGUGGACUAAGUAUUGGAGGAGGAUUGCUUCUCAGUCUUGAAUAUGCAGACGACGUUACAUGGCUUCCUCUCGUCCCAUGCUCAAAAAGAUGCUGCAACUCCUUUCAAAUGCAUCUACUAAGGUCGGACUCCACAUUAACACAGAAAAGUCAAAACUACUGA